AGAGAGGCUGUGUGUGCAUUAAGAGAGAGAGAGAGAGAGAGAGAGAGAGAGAGAGAGAGAGAGAGAGAGACGAGGUCUGGCGUCUCCCGGUAGUAAAGUCUAUCAGGUCUCGAGCACAAAAACUCGGAGGAACAGACAGAAGAGGGAGAAGAGGCCUCGCAGAAAUCUGAAUGCUUUACUUGUUACCUGGACCGGCAGCAGCAGCACGUGAAGCCUUGGAUUAAAAACCCUGACUAGAAGGACGGAUGGUCGCGCGGACGGGCUGCGCGCUCUGAAGUUGGACAGACUACCGAGACACCGACAGCGAGCAGCAGCUUUUGUUCCCCCCCACCUCCCAGAACCAGCUGAAGGCAGCGGCGGCACCGGGAGGCUGUGCCCGCGCACCCCGAUUAUGAAGCUGCCUUGGCUAUUGGCGCUCACAGCGCUGCUUGCUCACACCGCCACGGGACAGACUUGGUCGCCGUCUCUCGAUGACGAAGGCUCGACGAGAGACGAGUUCUACGAUGAUGAGGAUCUCUACUCAGGCUCAGGCUCAGGCUUUCCUGAGAUUAGUAUGAGGCCGACAUCGGCGAGUGUGUCGUUCACCACAGAAGAGACCCUCCUCCUCUCCACCACCCAGGCCACCGGCCCUGCCCCCUCCGCCUCACCUGCAGCUGAGCCGAGCCCCAACCCAGAGGACCCCACCGCCACCCCGCUGCCCACUGAGGCCGAUGGGGAGAGCGGUGUGUUCUGGGAGAGAGAGAGAGAGCAGGAGAAGGAGAGGGAUUUAGAGAGGGAGAAAGAGCAAGAGCAAGAGAGGCAGAGCGAACUGGAGAAGGAGAACGAAAGGGAGAAACAGUUGGAGAGGGAGAGGGAGAGGGAAAGAGAGAGGGAGCGGGUCCGAGAGAUGGAGAGAGAGAAGGAGAGAGAGCGCGAGCGAGAGAGGGAGCGUGAGAGAGUAGCGAGAGAAAGAGAGAGAGAGGCAGAGAGGCGUGAGAUUGAAAGAGAGAGAGAGCUGGAGCAAAUCAGGGCCGCUGCUGCCCAGACCACCACCGCCGCCCCACGAUCCCCCGCUGCCAUCCCCGUGGUGACCACCAACCCUGCAACCAACCCUGCAGAAAGUGCAGCACCCUCUGCCGGUUCGGAUGACCUGAGCACCACAGAAGAAGAAGAGGACAUCUACCUGUCACCUGAACCCUCAGUGUUUUUCCCAGGCUUUGACAUGGAAACCACCACAGAGGAAGACACGUCCACCACAGCAGAGACCACCCCUGAGCCCACAACAGCUGCACCCACCACCACCGCCGCCGCCGCCACCACUGUCAAGACCAGGGUCUCCUUCAGGCCCAGGGUUCCCAUGACGACAGCCACUCAGGCGGUGCCGGCAGAGAGAACGACCCGCCCACAGCAGCCCACAACUACACAGGAUGCCAACAACGAAGCGGGUGCUGCAGGACCGAGUGGAGAUUUCGAGAUCCGUGAUGAUCGUCGUAAUGAUCUCGGUCGAGGUAUAAUGCCAGUGGAACCUGACCUGAUCGGUAACACAGUGGACGGAGGAAGCUCUGCCGCCCAGCUGCCACAGAAGAACAUCCUGGAGAGAAAAGAGGUCUUGAUAGCGGUGAUAGUGGGAGGAGUAGUGGGCGCCUUGUUUGCUGCCUUCCUGGUGAUGCUGCUGGUGUACAGGAUGAAGAAGAAGGACGAGGGCAGCUACACGCUGGAGGAACCCAAACAGGCCACCGUCACCUACCAGAAACCAGACAAGCAGGAGGAGUUUUACGCAUAACACUCGUAUGCCAGAGAGACGCACCGCACACCGAGGGAGAGAGAAAGAGCGAGAGAGAGAAGAGAGAAAGAUACUCUAAGCACCCAUCCUCCUCCUCCUCUUCUUCUUCGUCGCCUCCCCCUCAUCUGCUCGCCUCUCCUCAUCCCUCUCUCCUCUCGUCCCCGAAACACUUGAGAGCGCCUCUCUCUCUGCGGACUUGGAACUUUCUUUUCAAUGAAAACGAAAAAGAGGACGAAAAAAAAAAAGAAAAAAAAAUCCAAAUAUAUUCUGAAAAAAUAACACAUACACAGGAGAUGUUUUUAAAGUAAAUGUUGUCAUUAAUAUUCUACAGAUUAUCUUGUUCUGUAUGUAAUGAUAUGAUUAUUUUGUAAGAAAAACAAACAAAACAAGACUUGUGUUUUCCAGCACAAAAAAACGUUCCUCCUCUAUUUUUAUGGAGCGAAUGAAAAGGCUAAAAAGAAAGAGGAGAGGGGCGAGGCGAGCUGUGCGAGACACAAAAGAAAAGGAGAGUGAUGGGCUCGACUCUGCCCCUCACCCCCCCAAAAACACACAGAGCAUCUGGUUGGCCGCACAGAGCUCAGGGUCAAAGGUGAGAGGAAAGGUCUCUUUGUGCCUUCCAACCCUCUGGUGCUCGAAGACGCAUACGCACAUUCAUACAGCCACAUAAACACAUGCUUACACACAUGCACAUGCAGACACACACAUGUAUCUGCUUGAUGGUGGUUCUGACCUCUCUCUCUGUGCUCGGCCAACCAGAAAACAGUGCUCAACCCUCGGUGUGAUUGACAACGUCGUGGAGCCGCUGUGGAAACAUUCGCUGGUCGCAUAGAGGUUUACUCAUGCGGCCAAUCUGCUCCUCCUAAGCUGUAUAAAGACUAGUUACGGAUAGUAAUAAUAACCAAUAAUAUAUCAAUGUUUUGGGCUGGACAGUGAAUAAUAAUAAUAAUAAUAAUAAUAAUAAUGAUAAUAAUACCGUUAUAAUAAUAAUAAUGAUAAUAAUACUUAAACAGGGGGAUGUGUAUUUAGCAAUUUAAAAAAAGUUUAUAUGUAAAUAUCAGCGUAUCCUUUCUGGCAUCACUAACCAUCUGCAUGAUCAUGAAGAGUUUUUAUUCAUCACAUCCGUCAUCACUCUAGAUGAGCUGUGCUCUCGUCAGCCACACACACACACACACACACACACACACACACACACACACGUAACACAUGUACGCACACACACAGACAUAUAACUUGCUGUGCAUUUAAAUACACCAUACAGACUUUUAAGUAUACUGUUAAUCAUAUCAUUCAAACACAUAUCAAACCCAUCUUCAUCAUCAUCAUAGUCAUUGUGAUAGUCAUCACUUGUGAUACGAGCGAGAUCAGGUGGUUUCAAUAUGUUAUUGAUUAGUUAUCGAUCAGUUGCCGGUUGGUUUAGAGUUUGGUCUGUUUGUGUAAAAGCACAACUACAUGUCCAGUCAUCACGUCAUCAGAUAUCCCCCCCCCCCCCCCCCCCCCACCACCACUCCCACACACACCUUUUGCAUGGCUCACUUUCUUUUUCUUCCACCAUUGGCUCUCUGUUUGGGGAUGGGUGGGGCCUCUGGGAAGUGAGAAGGGCUUUAAUGACAAACCGAAUCCGCGCGGGAAGUUGCUCCCUUCAUUGCAAAUUCAGUCAAAAUCAUAACUUUGUCAUUAAAGCUUUGGUUAUGAGUAGAAACAGACUUUGAAUUAGUGUUUUUGGAGCCAACUUUAACCUGCUGUUGGACUCUUUUUGGGGUUGAGAAAAUGGGGGAAAGGGGUUCGGUUUGGGGAAUGUGAGGAGACAGGAGGGCUGUGCUUCUAUCUAAGAGAUUGUAACAAUAACCACACCAGUGCGACUGGGCUAGUAGCUUCUAUUAUACUCAGUACUGUAGAACAAAAAUGCAUGGGAGUCAAAACUAUACUAGUCUCAGUGUGUGUGGAUGCCUGUGUGUGUGUGUUUUUGUGCGUUUGAAAGAAAAGAGGGGUGAGUUAAAGUUGGAAUGUACUGUGGCAGAGUGUGUGUUUACCUACUCCAGCAGUUCUCACGCUCUUCCACAGACAGGUAACACACCUCUUCCACUCUUGUGUGUGUAUGUAUGUCACCUGCCCCCUUGCCAGUGUGAGAAUACGCAUGUGUCUUCACCUCAUCUAUACGCGCCACCUGUGUGUAUGUGUAUGUAUGCAUGAGUGCUUCACCUUGGUAUUUCACAGCAGACUCUUGUGUACACUGACUAGCCUGUCGACGUGUGUGUGUGUCUGCGAGUGUUUCUGUUCACUGCUGAAUGAGGGGCAGCUGGUCCCUCACAGCGGCUUUCACACACACUGACUGUGUCUUUUCACUGUCUGACUGUCUGCCUGUCUGUCUCUCUGCCGCAGGACAGACGGACAGACAACACACCACUUUCUCACAGGCAGGAAUGAUCUUAACACGUACUGUCUUUUUUAAAGUGACUGUCAAAGUGUAAACAAAAAGUGUGUGUUUGUACCCAUCUAAGCCUGCGUAGCCAAAUAAGACGUGUGUGUUUGUGCGUGAGAGAGGGUGAAUUUGUACGUGUGUGAGUGUAGGUAUGCAUGUGUGUGCGUGUUAGUGUGUGUGUGUGUGUGUGUGUGUGUGUGUGUGUGUGUGUGUGUGUGUGUGUGUGUGUGUGAAGCCCAACGGAGGCUACACCACUCUAUGUUUGCUGUUCCCAUUCCUGUUUUUAUACAUUUGCAUUUUUUUAAGGCUGAGUUUCUGUCAUUGGCUGAGUGAGCGAGAGGAGGCAGAUCCUCCCGGCCACCGCCCUGUCACUAAUCUGCCACUCUGUUCCAAAUAAAAAACCUGGUUGGGUAAAUCUG